AAGAGAGAGAAAGUAUGAGAUUAAAAACAAUUGGAAAAAUUAAAUAUGGCUAAUAAAAUAACAUCUGAGCAACAUAUAUAUAUUUUUUUUUCUUGCUUUUUGAAAUUUGUAACUAUUUUAUGAGGCUACAAAAAAUAUAAAACACGAAAAAAAUGAUUUUAGGACAAUUUAAAGAUGUACACUUUUUUCAUACAGCAUCACAAGGAAAUAUCUAUACUUUGGUCGAAUUACCAAUUCCUAAUGGGACAACCAAAAUAUUAGUAGCAUCAUUAAAAAGAGAGGUGUACUGUUUUGAGUUCCAGGAAUCAUCUUCUGGUUCACUUAUUCCUUCUAGUAAAGAAGUAUUAUUCACAUACAUUCCCAAUGGAGCUGAGAUUAUUUCUAUGGAUGCAUUUAACAAGUCUACAAAUAGCAUUGAAAUUGUUAUUGGAAUCACAAUAAUUAAGAAUAGUAACGAUACAGAAAGUCGCCUCGAUACCUAUUUGAAUAUUUACUCAGGAGAAGAUUCAGAUGAACUGAAUAUAGAAAAUAUAGCUCAAAGUUGUUUAAGUGUGGAACUUGGUUAUAUACCUUACAAGCUUUUGCAUACAUAUCUAGUAAUUUGGAAUGAAGAUGAAUUAGUUAGCAAAGAGGUAGUUUUCAUAAUAUCUGGUAAUGACAAUCAAGUACAUGCUUAUAAAGAAAGCUCAGAUGAUCAUAAUUACAAAGAAAUAGAAAUUCACGAAUAUUUUCCAGAAUUUACUAAAACGCCCAGUCCUGUUAUUUGGAUAGACAUUUAUUAUCACAAAAACUUUUCAGAGAGAGUCACUGCUUUUGGUUGCGAGUGUGGCUAUGUCAAAAUGUUCAAAGUAGAUGUCAAAAACAAUGUACUUGAAUAUAAUUUUUGUACAAGAUUUGGAAACUACAUUUCUAAAGUGUGUAUUGUCCCAGAUAAGAAUUCGCCCAAAAAUUGUGAUAUAAUUAAUAAAAUUCGUAGAACCGAAGGUGAUAAGGAAGAAGAGGUCAAACUUAAUUUAAUUGUUGUCAAUACUAUAUUGCCACCAGUAAUUUUCCAUGAUAUAUUGAGGUAUGGGCUCAGUAACUAUUCAACACUUCCUAAGAUGGAGAGCAUAGGUAUAAUGACAUGUUGUGAAGUUAAUGACGUUGACUUUGAUGGAGAAAAAGAAAUCAUAAUGGGUACAAAUACCCAAGAAAUUAUACUCUAUAAAAAGGAUUCAAACAAUACUUGGUGGUUGGAAGAAUUGAAACUAGUUACAGCUCCCGUUUUAGGUAUAAAAUAUGUUGAUAUGACAGGCGAUGGUGUUAGAGAUUUAGCCAUAUUAUCAAUGAACGGUGUUCAGGUUCUACAGCAUGAUCAUAAUUUUCUUCAGAAAGUGUUGAAUGAGAAAAUAGAAAUACUUACGUUGCCUGACAUCUCUGGAUUAAAGGUAGAUUGAAGCACUGAAAGAUAUACAACACCUGUUUUUAACCAAUGAAAAAAAAUUCAAAACUAUUUUUAUAUGUAUAUAAAGAAUAAAAUGUGAUUAAAUAUUUUUAUGGAAUAAAGUGGUAUAUGCAUUA